GAAAGCUGCGAAGGCUGGUGGGGAGGCUGGCUUCAGCAAAGCUUCCAGGCCGUCAAAGAUAAGGUAGGCAUCCAUGCUAGCCUGCACGGAUAACCAGAUUAUCUCUCCAGUUUCAUAAUGAGCGACUAAAUAUAGCUAUUAUGUUAUGCGCUGUGCCUUAAAAAGGCUAAUUCAAUGUCUAAAACAUGAUUCAUUAUAAAACAAGGUGAAAAUCAAUAUCCUUGUGACAUCCAAUGUACACUGAUAUUGCAGAAUGCAGACCUCUUACUGUACUCUGUUUGCACUUGUCAAUGUAACUCCAACAUUUAAUUGUUUUUACAGUCAUCUGAGGCAUACGAGUUUAUAAAGCGUGACCUGACAGAGUUCUCCAACGUGGUGCAACAUGACGCUGCGUGCUCCAUCGUCGCCACAGCAAGCGCCGUUAGAAGCAAACUAGCGGUAGGCCAUUUGGUUCUUUACUAGUUUUUAGUUUUAAUGUCACAAGCAUAAGUAUAGUGAAACACCUUUCUUGCUAGUUCUAAACCCAACAAUGGAGUAAUCAAUAACAAUAUAAUACUAAAAAAAUAACAUAAGGUAGAGCAAAAACACACAAGAAAUAAAAAUAAGAAAUAUGAAGAACAUGAGAAAGUAAGUAAGCAUACUAUAUACAUGGUCAGUUCCAGUACCAUAUUUACAAUGUGCAGGGAUACUGGAGUGAUAGAGGUAGAUAUGUAUAGGGGUAAGCUGACCAGGCAUCAGAAUAUAUGAUAAACAGUGUAGCAGCGGCGGUGUAUAUGAUGAUUGUAUAUGAGUGGGUGUGCAUGUGUGUAGAGUCAGUAUAAACGUGUGUGCAUAUAAUGUGUGUGAGAAAUUGUAAUGGAGUGUGUGUGUGUGUGUGUGUAGGGCCCUGUGAGUGUCCAUAGAGACAGUGCAAAAAAUAAAAUACAAGGGUCAACUCAGUCUGUGUAGCCAUUUUGUUAGCUAUGGGUCACAGUGACCCAUAUUAGAAAAGUUAAUAUGCAUUAUCACUUGGUUAUUUAUAGGCAUACGUCCUGACUGUAACAUGUCACCUGUCCCACUUUGUUUCAGGUGGAGGGCUCCUCUGAUACCACAGAGAAGGUGAAGAAGAGCCUGUCCAGUUUCUUAGGAGUGAUAACAGACACCCUCGCUCCUCCCCAGGACAUGACCAUCGACUGUGAUGUCAUUACGCUAGUGGCAACUCCAGCAGGCACCACAGAGGUGUAUGACAGCACCAAGGUGAGUAUGUUAAUAUUGUGUUCAACUAAUCACUAUGACAGUGUGAUUGAACUAAUUAAGGACUAGAUACUAUGCUGUUUUACAUUUACUGCUAAUAUACCCGAAUCUUUCUCAGAAAUGGUGUGUUAACAUCAUGUGUUAUAACUUUUUCCCCCAUCUGUUCAAACAUGUAAGAGUGGUUAGUCUCAGAAGUGUUACUAUAAAAAUAAAUAGAGUCGCACACUCUAUACAGUACCAGUCAAAAGUUUGGACACACCUACUCAUUCCAGGGUUUUUCUUUAUUUUAACUAUUUUUUACAUUAUAGAAUAAUAGUGAAGACAUCAAAACUAUGAAAUAACACAUAUGGAUCAUGUAGUAACCAAAAAAGUGUUAAACAAAUCAAAAUAUAUUUUAUAUUUGAGAUUCUUCAAAGUAGUCACCAUUUGCCUUGAUGAAAGCUUUGCACACGCUUGGCAUUCUCUCAACCAGCUUCAUGAGAUAGUCACCUGGAAUGCAUUUCAAUUAACAGGUGUGCCUUGUUAAAAGUUAAUUUGUGGAAUUGAUUUCCUUCUUAAUGCGUUUGAGCCAAUCAGUUGUGUUGUGACAAGGUAGGGUUGGUAUACAGGAGACCAAGUCCAUAUUAUGGCAAGAACAGCUCAAAUAAGCAAAGAGAAACGACAGUCCAUCAUUACUUUAAGACAUGAAGGUCAGUCAUUUGGGAAAGUUUCAAGAACUUUGAAAGUUUCUUCAAGUGCAGUCGCUGAAACCAUCAAGUGCUAUGAUGAAACUGGCUCUCAUGAGGACCGCCACAUGAAAGGAAGACCCAGAGUUACCUCUGCUGCAGAGGAUAAGUUCAUUAGAGCUACCAGCCUCAGAAAUCGGCAAUUAACUGCACCUCAGAUUGCAGCCCAAAUAAAUGCUUCACAGAGUUCAAGUAACAGACACAUCUCAACAUCAACUGUUCAGAGGAGACUGCGUGAAUCAGGCCUUCAUGGUGGAAUUGCUGCAAAGAAACCACUACUAAAGGACACCAAUAAUAAGAAGAGACCUGCUUGGGACAAGAAACACGAGUAAUGGACAUUAGACUGGUGGAAAUUUGUCCUUUGGUCUGAUGAGUCCAAAUCUGAGAUUUUUGGUUCCAACCGCCGUGUCUUUGUGAGACGCAGAGUAGGUGAACGGAUGAUCUCCGCAUGUGUGGUUCCCACCAUGAAGCAUGGAGGAGGAGGUGUGAUGGUGUGUCAGUGCUUUGCUGGUGACACUAUCAGUGAUUUAUUUAUAAUUCAAGGCACACUUAACCAGCAUGGCUACCACAGCAUUCUGCAGCGUUACGCCAUCCCAUCUGGUUUGCGCUUAGUGCAACUCUUUUGUUUUUCAACAGGACAAUGACCCAAAACACACCUCCAGGCUGUGUAAGGGCUAUUUGACUAAGAAGGAGCGUGAUUGAGUGCUGCAUCAGAUGACCUGGCCUCCACAAUCACCCGACCUCAACCCAAUUGAGAUGGUUUGGGAUGAGUUGGACCGCAGAGUGAAGGAAAAGCAGCCAACAGGUGCUCAGCAUAUGUGGAAACUCCUUCAAGACUGUUGGAAAAGCAUUCCGGGUGACUACCUCAUGAAGCUGGUUCAGAGAAUGCCAAGAGUGUGCACAGCUGUCAUCAAGCCAAAGGGUGGCUACUUUGAAGAAUAUAAAAUCUAUGAAUCCAUAUGUGGUAUUUCAUAGUGUUGAUGUCUUCACUAUUAUUCUACAAUGUAGAAAAUAGUAAAAAUAAAGAAAAACCCUUGAAUGAGUAGGUGUGUCCAGACUUUUGACUGGUACUGUGUGGAGUCCCCUGUAGCUCAGUUGGUAGAGCAUGGCGCUUGCAACGCCAGGGUUGUGGGUUCGUUUCCGAUGGGGGGCCAGUAUGAAAAAUGAAUGCACUCACUAACUGGAUAAGAACGUCUGCUAAAUGACAAAAAAUGUAAAAAAAGAAAUGUGUACCGUAUAUAUAUGACUGGUACUGUCAUAUAUACACACACACACAACAUUUCGGCAUCACUGUGCCUUCUUCAGGGUAAUAUCAUGAAUGUUUGAACCAGGGUAUGUAGACAAACAGUGCAAUUAGUGCAACCAAUGAUAAUAGUGAGGGGUGUGUCAUAAUUAUUAGGUUGAUUAGGAUGAAUUGAGAUGAAACCGUUAAAAGACAAUAGUUUACAGCAUAUUGAAUAUAUUAGGCUAUUGUUAUCAUUAGCAUAACAUUAUCAAAAUGCAAAACAAACAAAAUACGGUCUCAUUUUGUUGCAAUACUAGAUAUCAGAACACGUUAUGUCACAUGAGUAUCUGAGUUACAGUGUGUGUUUUUUUCCCCCAGGCUCGUCUUUACAGUCUGCAGGCUGACCCUGCUACAUACUGCAAUGAGCCUGAUGGUGAGACAGUUCACAUCUUUCUUUUCUAUUGGUCUUCACUAUUCUCAUUAAAGAAAAGGUCAUGUACCAUGUAACGGCAUUGCCCAGGCUUCAUUCCCUCAAAACAUUAAAAAGCCAUCAGAAUGGCAGUGACAAUGGACUUAAGGCCCUUUAAUUACUCAUUCUACUCUACCCUAAAUGUCCUCAAAUGCACUCCAAUACUUGUUUUAAAAUAAUGGUCAAAAAUCAUCUCCUAUUACAAUGAAUACAAAUAAUUUGGCAGGACAAGACUUGGGAAGUUUGGACUUCUAUGCCAGUUAUUUUCAUGCAGUUGUUAAACUGUAAUGAAAAACUAAAAAGGUGUCUUGAGUGUGUUUUAAUUGUGUGUCCUGUGUUUUGUCCCAGGUUCCCUAGAGCAGUUUGAUGCGUGGCUCUCAAGCUUCAGUCUGGAGGAGAGGAAAGGAGAGAUCUCUGACCUCCUAGUCAACACCCCCUCUAUCAGGGCCCUUUACACCAAAAUGGUACACUUUCUAAUACGGUUGGAUCAAAUUACAAUAGGUUCAUUUAUCAAUGAUGAUUGACAGCCGUUGUCAAUGGUGACAACAUCGUGAUGUGACAGACGAUGGUUUAUCCUAUUUGAACCUGACUGGCGCCGCGCAGUAGGCCUAACGGAGUCGGAUAGCACAUGAGUGACAUUCCGAGUAAUCUGACUUCCUAUUUGCUAUAGCCUAUUUCAAUUAAUAGGCUAUGUUUAUAUAGGCCUACAGAACGCAAGAGAGGAAUGUGGGCUAGACAGAGUGGAGAAUUUCACCAGAGCUUCGCAAAAUGUCCAGUCUCUCUCACGCUGUCAGAUGCGUGGGCCUUAUAGGCUAAAUCUAUAAAACAUUUAUAACGGACAUCCUUAACUAUAUUGUGUCUAGCAGUUUAAAAAGAAAACAUAGGCUAUUUUCCCUUGUCUCUCCAUUCAAUAUGAAUAUUUGGGCUAGUACGCUUUCAUAAUUUUAUGCAUGCAUGCUUUCUCUCUCGGUCAAACAAUGAAUUAAUCUAACAGAGUUCCGUCUCAAAAAGUUGUUUAAAUAGCCUAAAAACAUAAGGUAGCCAGGGGACUAAUAAUGAGAGAGAACAAACAAUAUCAAGCGCCAUCAUGUGCGCGAGUCACAGACACACACCUGUUCCAUGCUGAAGCUCGACCAGAAAGGAAUAUUAGAAAAGAUUUGCCUGCACUUAGCCUCUGCCCAGGGUUUCAACAUUAUCUUUCGUCGUGAGUUUUAUAUUUGUUUAUUUUUUGUUGGCCAAUACCAGCAUACAUCACAAUGUUUUAUGAGUACAUAAUCACGAUAGGACAUUUUCAUCCCUAGGUGCCAGUAGCUGUAGCCCAUUCUGAAUUCUGGCAGCGGUAUUUCUACAAAGUCUUUCAGUUGGACCAGGUAAUUCACUCACUUUUUUGUUUUGUUACUGGCAUGUAUAGCUCUCAUGAACUGUCAUGCACCUUCUUCUAUCAGAAUCCCAUGUUAGAAUGUAAACCUUGCCCCCUGCUGGCCAGUUGUAAGAUUAGUUUGGAGUAGAGUUCUGCUACCCGACCCGAGCCCGACGGGCCCCCGAUAUUAUACAUAGGGUUAGGGCUGGAUCGGGCCUGUUUUUUCAUCAAUAACUAGGGUACAGGCAUGGCUCAGGUAUCACUAAAUUGAUCACUAACAUUUUUAAGCUGAGCCAUUUGCUCGUGCUCUGCUGCGCAGUACAGUGAUAUCUGACUAAGAUCAUAACAUUGUGUCAGAAGUGCUUCAACCUCAUCAAAUAUAAGACGGGAGAGAUUAUUUCACAGAAAAUAAUAAUGUUCCUUGAGUUUUGUCUGAGUUUAGAGUGACGAAUAGUAGCUAACAGCUAACUGCUCUCUAAUGUUUCGUAAUUGAGCAGAGCAGCCCAAGCGGAGCCGUUGCUAUGGAUACUCAGAGCGCCAUGAACAGAGCAGCUAAUAGAUUUACUAACGGAGAAAGUUAUUUCUGAUUUCGGGCCGGUCGGGCCUUUAAUUUGGCAGAAACAAUCGGGCCUGGGUAGGGUUUGAAUGUCGCGUGCAUGGGUAGGGCUCUACGUCAGAGCUCUGGUAGCUUAGUAGACUUUUGGAAAACAAAUCUUGGCACCCAGAACCAAAUCUCCCGCUAUUUGAUUUGGAUUCGGAAGUUUCCAGUCUGUCCUAACAAAGUCCACGCCCCCCUCUUCCAAAGCUCAUUCCCAGGCUCUCCCUCCCUUUCUGGAAAGUACAUGUGUUUUUAUGAUAUUUUAUGUGCUGCAUGCUGACAAAAUGGAGGUAUUGGACAAUGUAUUUGGUGCAACUAUUUCACAGGUAAGCAGUGUUUUUAUUAGAGAGUUUUCCAGUUAAAAUCCCCGUCCCCACUUCAUACCAUCACCUUAGCCGAUAAAUAGACACACUAAAAAGCUCGUAGUGUUCUGCUGAUGGGUAAUUACUAAUGUGACUGACCACCAGGAGGAGGCGAGGCGAGUGGCCUUGAAGCAGAGAGCAGAGCAGACUACACACACAGAGGCUCUGGGCUGGGAGGAGGAAGAUGAAGGUAUGUCGGAUAGGGAAUUUCACAAUGGUGAAAUGUCUUAGUUCUGUGAGAUGUGACCUGAAAUAGGUCAGUCAGAUUAGCACAGGUCUGUCUCAUGUGACUCACUGUUCUCUCUCCCUUAUUUCUAUCCCAGAUGACUUCCUUGGCGCCACGUCUUCAUCUCGCCUGGACUUCACGCCCCCAUUAGACGACCCUGUGACCCAGCUGUCACCACUUACACCAGUCACCAUGGCGACAACCCCGCUCAGCCCCAUCCCGUCUCCGAGCGGGGAGCGCUCCUCUCCCCUCUCCCUGAACAGCGACAGUGGCAGCCUGCCCACCCAGGUGGAGGUGAGACCAGCCAGGCCACAACCUGCAGUCGUGGAGCUGGCCCAGAAACUCAACAAGGCCAGCCUGGAGGAGAGAGAGCCAGAGAGGCAGCAGGUGGAGGAGAGGGUUAAGUUAGAGGCCCCAUCCCAGCCUGAGCCCACAGAGAAGGCUACAGCUGAGAGAGUAACAGUCCAGGCCCCAGCUACCACCAUCAGACCAGAGACAGAGGGGCCCCAGGACCUGAGGGUGUUUGAGCUCAACUCUGACAGUGGGAAGUCUACACCUUCAAACAAUGGCAAAAAAGGUAAAAGGACAUUUUAUUAAGUUAUUGGUGUGACUGUGGUAACAGGUUUUGAUUGAAUAGGGCCUAAGCUGUUCAUCAAAUCAAAAUCAAACACAUUUUUAUUUGUCACAUGCGCCGAAUACUGUGAAAUGCUUACGUACGAGCCCUUUCCCAACAAUGCAGUGUUAAAAAGUACGAAAACAGUUAUAAUUAUCAAAUAAGAAGGGAAAAAAGGAAACCGUAACAAAAUAACAUUAACGAGGCUUUAUACAAGGAGUACAGAUACCGAGUCAAUGUGCAGGGGUACCUGGUAGUUGAGGUAAUAUGUACAUGUAGGUAGGGGUAAAAGUGACUAGGCAAUCAGGAUAGAUAAUAAACAGAAUAGCAGCGUGUGUGUGUGUGGCAUCAAUAGGCAUGUGUGUGUGUGUAUAUAUGUGUGUGUGUUGGUGUGUCAGUGUAGUAUGUGUGGGUAAAGUUCAGUGAGUGCACAGAGCCAGUGCAAGAAGAGUGUUAAGUGGUCCUAUCUGACCCUGUGCUUCACCCUGACCCCUGCAGGGUCCAGCACAGAUGUCAGUGAGGACUGGGAGAAGGACUUUGACCUGGACAUGACAGAAGAGGAGGUCCAGAUGGCACUCUCAAGAGUUGACGCUACAGGAGAGGUGGGCAAUGAUGUAUUUGUCAUAACAUUUUUCUUGUUGCAUUUCUUCUAACCCCAAACCGUUAAAAAAAUAACAUGCCUUAGAAACAAUUAUGUUGAUCUAAAUGACAUGUUUUAUUUUUCAGCUGGAGGACUGGGAGAACUGGAACUGAUGAUUACCGUGCCGUAGUGUUUCUAUCCGGUCAUUAAAGCCAGUUCUCGGCAGACGAACCAUGCUUAACGUGUUUUACCCCUUUGUCCACGCCGUCACCAUGUCACAUUUGUUCAUAGGGGAAUGUCCCUUUGGUUUGGACCAUGUUGAAGGCACUAGCAAAGCAAUGGGAAUCCAAGGCAACAAGAUUAGAGCCAAGGCAGCAUCAGCUGUCAGUUUGUGCAUAUAGGUCUCAAGGCGUCUUGUUGGUUAUUUCUUGAAACAGCUUGUAUAACUUAGAGAGAAUAUGACACUAGUUUAGGAAUGGUUAUUGUUCCAUUUGACUAAAGCUAUGUGAAAUGUAUUGGCUUGUCAGGAUGAGAAUGGGUUCACCACAUAAGGGAAGCUGCUGCGCUCCCUCUAUCUUCUGAAAUGCCAUUAAGUACAUGUAAAUUGUUGCUAGUGAACUUCUUCAAAGUUAUGAGUGGCGGGAAUUAUUACUUAACUUUAGGCUGCAGAAUAGCCAUAAAACUGUAACGCUGCUUAUCACCUUUCAUGAGAUGGAAUUAUUCAUGUGGUUUAUUGAAUGGUGAAUAUAUUGAUUUUAGAAAAAAUUCUCAAGUGAUUUACUAACUCAUCUAUCUUAUGCAAGUGAAUAUUCAUAAAGGAACAUACUUUGGCCUUCAUAGAGAGCAUUCAUUUUGGAUUCACUCCCAACUCUAGAUACAUAUGACCUUGAUAGACACGCGAUAGUGUGGACAAGAUAUCCAAAUGUUUUGUCACACAAGACACUGAUCUGAGUUUAAACACAACCAAUCCAUGUUGUACAUUUUACAUUCUAUGUUUUCAUCCCUGUCCUGCUAAGUAAUUGAUGUGAACAUAUCUCUUCUGUGACCUCCAGGGGCCACGUUUCCUCUUUAUUUCCUGUCUCUGCUACAUUAAUGUUCACAUCUAUUAUUCUAUCUGUCCAUGUCUAAUAUUAUUCUUGGUGGGUAAGGGUCACAUUUAUUGUCAAUCGUCAAAAGAGAAGAUAAUGACGCAAUAAAGAGGCUGCAAAAUGUUUCAGGUGUCAUGGUGCCAGAGUAUUGGGCUUGGAUGUCUGAGGGGGUAUGGUCUGUUGUCAUGUUAUUUCUGAUGUAAAAUAAUUGAAAUCCCACAGCCUGCUUUGCAAUGCUUAGUAUGGACAUAUAUACUGCACAAUAGCUCUGAGUAUGGAGUUAGCAGUGUGCAGAGAGCCAAGAGGCAAUGAGGGCUUUGCUUGAUUUAUUAAACAAUACAGUAUAGACUAGCUUUUGCCCUUGAGCAAGGCACUUAACCCUAAUUGCUCCUGUAAGUCGCUCUGGAUAAGAGCGUCUGCUAAAUGACUAAAAUGUAAAAUGUAAAAUGUAGCUUCAUUCUGCAGUAUCGCGUCAUGCUACUCUGAUAUUUUGUCUUCAUCAGUGCAAACAGUGACCAAGACUCAAAGCAUAAAGAUGUAGUGUACAGAACUCUACAAUGACUGAUUUUCAUGUGAAUAUUAUUACUCUGUGCAUUGUUUUGCAUGUCAGUGCAAUCACUUCAUCGUCUACUUAUGCAAACUGUUGUAGAGCAGGUGUACUGUUUUAAGUUGUAAGGUCGCUUACUAGCUUGUAGUUGCAAAGGGAAUGACCUGUUUAUAAUGAAUUGAUUGAUAUGUUGCAAGUCUCAAGUUCUCUCUCUAUGUAUUUCACUUUAAUACAUAUAUUUGCACUUUAAACACCAAAACGUUUAAAGCUGUUAAUUUUUUAGGCAAUUAUAUUUUCCUCUAUUUUUCAAAUGAGCAUUGUCAUUAAAAAGAGUCAUGC